CUGCAUUCAGGCAAUGAAUUUGGUCACCCCGAGUGGCUAGAUUUUCCUCGUUACGGCAACAACAGCAGUUACCAUUAUGCUCGUCGUCAGUGGCACUUAGUCGACGAUAAUUUGCUCAAGUAUGAGUACUUGAACAACUGGGAUCGCGCGAUGAUGCACCUGGAAGCAGAAUAUGAAUGGUUAUCCUCGCCCCAGGCCUACAUCAGCCGUAAACACGAGGAUGACAAGGUUAUUGCUUAUGAACGCGCUGGUUUGCUGUUCAUCUUUAAUUUCCACCCGAACAAAAGUUUCACCGACUACCGGAUCGGUGUGGACAGGCCUGGAACCUACUACAUCGUUCUGAAUUCCGAUCGGAAGGAGUUCGGCGGAUUCGAUCGUAUCGACGAAACUAUCGACUAUCCGGCAAAGGAUGAACCCUGGGACAAUCGUCGUGGCAGCAUCUACCUUUACCUACCGUCACGUGUGUGUCUUGCUCUGGGCUUGAAGUAG